CCUUGGAUCUGCUACCUCGGGGGGUGCGUGGCCUAUAGGAAUCCUGGAAAGAAAAGCCACUGACAUCUAAAGCACGCGGUGUUGGGCACAGGCAGAACGCACCGCGCAGGGGAAAAGUCAGUGCCAUCUUGUGGUCGAAGUCAGACCGGAGCAUGAAAGUCCGGGAUGAAAAGGACUGUUUUUUAUUUACCAGCGCAGGAGAGGUGACAUUCAUCGCCAAAACAUCACUAAUAUGUUUGGGGCUUUCUUUUGCAACGGUCAAAUGCUUUUCAUGUCAAUACCUAGAAUUUUUUUCCUAAGGGCAAACAAAAGACUUUCCGGACUUUCCGAAGAGGGAGUCUAGCUUUUGAGUUUUUUCUUUCCACUGCAAAAAUGCAUUGAGUCAGAUUUGUUCCCAGCGCCCAGCUGCUUUUAUUUUUUAUUUUUUCUCUCAAGGGGAGCACGAUGAACUGAACAUAUCCCCGGUGGUCAAAGAAUCAAUGCAAAUUUCUCAGAGCUUAGUCUACUGAACACGAUGAAGGAAAGAAUAGACUGUGCACAGUUACUUUGUCUUGCGACCCAUCGAAACCGUUUCCCUCCCUCCGCUGCUCCACGCCACAGACAGAGCCCGCAACUCCUCUGGACGGCGGGACUGGAUGCUGGUGGCUCUCCUGCAGGUGAGUCCGCCCCCUCCAGGUUGUCCUCCGACACCUGCAGCCGCCCGGACGCUGGAGUCCCACUCGGCCUGGAUCGCAGGCUUGCUUAUUGUGCUUUCCAGGAAAAAGUGAGUGAAGGGGACUAUAAUAUGGAUUUAGAACAUGAGAAUUAUUAUAACAAGACCCUUAGCACAGAGAAUGAUACUGUUGCCACUCGGAAUUCUGAUUUCCCAGUCUGGGAUGACUAUAAAAGCAGUGUAGAUGAUCUACAGUAUUUUUUGAUUGGACUCUAUGCAUUUGUAAGUCUUCUUGGUUUUAUGGGGAAUCUGCUUAUUUUAAUGGCUCUCAUGAGAAAGCGGAAUCAGAAGACCACAGUCAACUUCCUCAUAGGAAAUUUGGCCUUCUCUGACAUCUUGGUCGUGCUGUUUUGCUCGCCCUUCACACUGACCUCUGUCUUGCUGGAUCAGUGGAUGUUUGGUAAAGUCAUGUGCCAUGUCAUGCCUUUCCUUCAAUGUGUGUCAGUUCUUGUUUCAACUUUAAUUUUAAUAUCAAUUGCCAUUGUCAGGUAUCAUAUGAUUAAACAUCCCGUAUCUAACAAUUUAACAGCCAACCAUGGCUACUUCCUGAUCGCUACCGUGUGGACCCUAGGUUUUGCGAUUUGUUCUCCCCUUCCAGUAUUUCAUCGCCUUGUGGAACUGCAGGAAACCUUUGACUCUGCAUUGCUGAGCAGUCGGUAUUUAUGUGUUGAGUCCUGGCCAUCCGACUCAUACAGAAUUGCUUUCACUAUCUCUUUGUUGCUAGUUCAGUAUAUCCUGCCUUUAGUUUGUCUCACUGUCAGUCAUACCAGUGUCUGCAGGAGCAUAAGCUGUGGAUUAUCCAACAAACCAAUCAAACAAGAAGAAAAGGAGAUGAUCAACUUAACUCUUCAGCCAUCCAAAAAGAGCGGGACUCCGGGGAAACUGCCCAGCAGCCACAAAUGGAGUUACUCGUUCCUCAGAAAACACAGGAGAAGAUACAGCAAGAAGACAGCAUGUGUGUUACCUGCUCCACCAAGGCCUCCAGAGAACCCUUCUAGAAUGCUUCCAGAAAACUUGAGAAGUCAGCCCUGCUCAUCCAAUAAGUUUAUCCCAGCAGUCCCUACGUGCUUUGAGAUGAAGGCUGAAGAAAACGCUAAUGUUCAUGAAGUUAGAGUAAACCGUUCCAUCAUGCGAAUCAGGAAGCGAUCUCGCAGUGUUUUCUACAGACUGACCAUAUUGAUAUUAGUGUUUGCGGUUAGCUGGAUGCCACUACACCUUUUCCAUGUGGUAACUGAUUUUAAUGAUAACCUUAUUUCAAACAGGCAUUUCAAGUUGGUGUAUUGUAUCUGUCAUUUGUUAGGCAUGAUGUCCUGUUGUCUGAACCCAAUACUAUAUGGUUUUCUUAAUAAUGGGAUCAAAGCUGAUUUAAUGUCCCUUGUACACUGCCUUCAUAUGUCAUAACUUUCACUGUUUACCAAGAAAGAAAAAAAUGGUAGACUCAUUUAAAAUAUAUUCAUAAUGACUAUGUAAGUAUACUACAUUUUGUAAUAAAUAAUAAAUAUGAUGUUUAAUUUAUGUGUAAGAGUUCUGGAUUUAAAUGUAAAUAUGUAAUGUUUAAAAGACAACUUUCCUGUGUUAUAAUGUGAUUAGUUCACUUUGUUACGUAAAGUCAAUUUUAUUUCUUUCUGUAAUUUUAUUGUUGAAAGAAGUUAUAUUACCUUUCCUUUUUAUCUUGUCUUUGAAAUAAAUAAAUUGUAAUUUUUGUUUAAAAUAAAAGUUA